CUGUUGGAGAAUAGGUUAGGCCUGUGAGCAGAACAUAAUGGAUGUGAUUGGUGGGAUCAUAGUGUUUUGGUUUGUGAUGAGUGGUGUGAAGUCGGAAGAAAUGGAUUCUCUGCCAUCUUGUGAUUUCCCAGCAAUCUUCAACUUUGGUGACUCUAAUUCAGAUACAGGUUGCAUGGCCGCUGCUUUCUAUCCCAUGGCUUCCCCUUCUGGUGAGACCUUCUUCCAUGAGCCUGCUGGUCGAGCCUCUGAUGGUCGCCUGAUUAUCGACUUCAUCGCAAAGCAGCUUGGCUUUCCUCUGUUGAGUGCUUACGUUGACUCGAUUGGAACAAGCUAUGGGCAUGGAGCGAAUUUUGCAGCAGGAUCAUCAACAAUUAGGAGGCAAAAUAGAACCUUCUUUGAUGGAGGCACCCCAUUCACUCUUGAGAUUCAGACUGCACAGUUCAUUCAUCAGUUCAAGGCACGCACCGCCAAGUUCUUCAAUCAAACUGGAAAUAAUCCUGCCUGCAGAAGGCAGUAUCCAAAACCAGAGGACUUUCCUAAGGCUAUUUACACCAUGGAUAUUGGCCAAAAUGAUAUUGCUGCUGCUAUUAACAGAGCGGGCCAAGAGGAUUCUCAUGCUGUAAUCUCUGAUAUUGUACAGCAAUUUGCUACUCAAGUUCAAGAUGAACUUGGAGCCAAUACCGAAUUUAAUUUUCAACUAAAGUGGCAAAAGAACCUUACUCACAAAAGCUUCGCUAAGAGAAUAUAG